AUGCUCUACAAGACGUAAGAAUUAAUCGCUGAAAAUCUUAGCUUGCGUUGCGCAGCGCCUGCUGAGAUAUUCAACAAUCUUUUUCGGAGACAUUACUUUUUAGGCGAGUUGAUUAAACUGAUCAAUACUCAAAAGAUCGCCAUUCAAUUUUCUCCAAAUUCCGGCUUUUUUGUGUGGAUAGAUCAGAGUUCUAACACUGCUAUUUUUGGCUGUUGCAUCGUGCUUGCGGCAAAGAUAUUGAUCUUCUUUGAAAAGUCCAAAGAAUUACCAUUUCUAGAUUUUGAUGAGCGAUACGUAAAAAGGAAUGCGGCCUAUUGAAAGAGCGUGUGAUAAAGGCUAGUAGAGUGGGCAAUCAGAAAGUCCAGCCUUUGUCGACCGGUCGGUAUAGGCCUGAGAAUUUUUUUUUGCCGUUUCAAAGGGGCUUCUUAUGUCUUGUGGCCAGUUUGGCGGGGAUUUUAAAUUAGCCUGUCAUGCUCCUUGUAGUACUAAACAGUGUAAAAUGAAAAUAAUAUAUCUGUGAAACUGGCUUGUAACUUCAUUUAUAACACUCUUUUUUCGAGCACCACCUUUUCGUUGCGCUCAAUCUAUGUCAUCGCAAAUAAUCCUCGAAUUUUUCAGACAUCCUACUCGCACGACCCAGCGCCUUGUCUCCAACGCCAUCCGCAGUUCAAUGCUGAACAAGUUCUUGGCGUUCAGAUUUGGAUACCGUGCCAAAUCCCUCAACGCUAUCGAUUACUACGAGUUUGGAGAGCCGUAAAAAGUUUCCACUGUGUUUAUAGCUGCAAGCAAUUGAGACUGCUGACAAUGCAGGCUUCUAAGAUCUCAAUGCAAAGUGUGCUAACUGCUGUAUUACUUGUUAUGGUGCCUUAUGUUAAUGGGUUCUUCCAUGUUGAACAAAGUAAGGCUUUAGAAGGGAAAUGGACCAAAAUUUUGUUUUGGCAAUAAUGUGGGAUGGAAUAGAUCAAAAUAAAAGAGAAAUGUAUUUCUGGGACCUUCAGUGACCCUGUCUUUUACUGUACCAUUUUUUAGAACUUAUAGGCCCUCAGGCAAUCCGUGGAAUUCAGUUUUAUCGACCCCUUUCACAACUAAAAAUUUGGCGGACUCAAUUAAAAAAUCUCGAUUUUACAAAAACCCUGAGGGGAGUUGGCAAUCUAUUGUUGCAUUUGCACAAGUAGAUCCCCCAUAGACCACGAUAACAUAAUUUUUAUGUAUUUUAACCCGUUAUUUCUCAAGAUAGAGGCAAAAUAAGUUGGUCUUGUCCAUCUGCCCCACUGAAAAAACACAGUAAAGAAAUUGUCAAUAAUUUUGCCUGAGGGUAUCUUCAGGGGAAAAGCUUUAUAUACCGAAAUACAGGACCUCUACGGGUCCCAGUAAUUUAGGUUAUUUAAAUUUUUAUGCAGUAUUUCCCGAGAUAUUGUCAAUAGAAGCCGUCCAUGUCCAUUCUGACCUCCCUCGUUCACCCUUGUUUCAUUUCAGUCGCUUUCGACAGUCAAUGCAUGAAAGCCAUGUGCAUGGCGGACAGUGGAUGCACGCAGACCGGCUGCGCCACGGACGCGGCGGGUCGGGUGGGCUGCGGGUACUUCCGAAUGAAUAUCUGGCAAUUCAAGCAGUGCUACGAGCCGGGACGUCAUAUCGGCGAGGAGUCGGAGGAGGCGUGGAUGCGGUGCGCCGAGAAUUUUGAAUGCGCCAGCAAUUGCAUAAAAGUAAGUGCGAGUUCUUUUUCGCAAUUGGCUUAUAUAUAGGUCGAAUUUUUAUUAGAAAAAAAUCAUGUUUUGUUGGAAAAUUUUAGGCCCAAGUUUGGCCAAGCAUCAUCAAAAUCUCUAUAAUCUACAGAGCACUUCUUUUUUGAGCCCAUUUUUUCUACGAAGCCCUUCAUUUUUCAGCAUGUCGCCACUCGCUUCCGGCUAAAAUGUUAUGGCAAAAGUGACUGCGAGACGAUUGCCCGAAUCCACGACGGCGGUGCGAAUGGCUGUCGGACCGGUCUGACAACGCCCUACUGGCUGGCAGUCAAAGAGAUUUGCCGUGAAUGUUAG